AUGUGCAUUAUAGAUUCAUGUGCCGGGCAUUCAUUUGCAUCCAUGAAAUAUGUGAAAAGAUUGGCUAGACCACCUGAGAAGUUAUCAGAAGUAUUAAGUACCGUGUUACCAUCUGGGGAGAUAUUGUAUUCGGACCAGUGGAUAAAAAGAGUUCAUAUUUAUAUUGAUGGUAAAGAACUAUAUGUGAACUUGGUGAUGUUAGAAAUGCAUGAUUAUGAAGUGAUACUAGGUAUGGAGUGGCUUUCUAAGUAUAAUGCUACUAUUGAUUGUAAAAAGAAGACAGUGACAUUCAAACCUUCUAAAGAAGAUCAAUUUGUGUUUAUUGGAACUUUACCAAUGAAUAGGAUCCCAAUAAUUUCUACUAUGAAGGCGAUGAAAUUUUUGAAGAAUGGUGGUGUGGGAUAUUUGGCUAGGAUAAUAGAUACUUCCUUACUGAAAGAAGUGAAGCCCGAAGAUGUACCUGUAGUCAAGGAGUUCAUAGAGGUGUUUCUAGAAGAUUUACCAGGAUUACCAUCUGACAGAGAAAUAGAAUUCCUGAUUGAGUUAUUACUUGUUUAUUCGUGGUCUAAGGAUGAACAUGGGAAGCACUUGAGGCUAACAUUAGAGAAGUUAAGGGAGAAGAAAUUAUACAAGUUUAAGAAAUGUGAGUUUCAGCUAUAG